AUGAGUUUUCCCAAAACUUUUGUCCUGCUGGGCUUCUCAGAGUUUCCGUGGCUGGAGAGGCCCCUCUUUGUAGUUGUCCUGAUCUCCUAUCUCCUCACCCUGGUGGGGAACAGCUCCAUCAUCCUCCUCUCCCUGGUGGACCCCAGACUCCAGACACCCAUGUACUUCUUCCUGGACAACCUCUCUCUGCUGGACCUCUGUAUCACCUGCACCAUUGUGCCUCAGCUGCUGGCCAAUCUGUGGGGACCAGAAAAGACCAUUUCUUCCUCAGGAUGCAUCACACAGGUUUUUCUUUUCUGCUGGAUAACCUCUAGUGAAUGUUCUCUGCUAGCCAUGAUGGCCAUUGAUCGCUAUGUGGCCAUCUGCCGGCCCCUCCAGUACUCUCUCAUCAUGCGUGCCUCGGUGUGUGUGCAGAUGGCAGCAGUAUGCUGGUCCAGCGGGCUCCUGAACUCUCUGCUUCAAACCAUAUUGACCCUUCAGAUCCCGCUCUGUGGGUACCACACCCUGGACCACUUCUUCUGUGAUGUGCCUCUUCUGAUCAAGCUGGCCUGUGGGGACACCUCUGCCAAUGAGCUGGCCCUCACAUCUAUGACCAUCCCAUUUGGAAUGAUGCCUGCCCUGCUGGUGGUCAUCUCCUACACCCUCAUUGCUAGGGCUGUACUGAAGCUCCCUUCAGCUGAUGGCAGGAACAAGACACUCAGCACCUGCAGUUCCCACUUGCUCGUGGUCACCAUGUACUUUGGGCCCGGCAUGUACUUUUACCUCAAGCCUUCAGCCAAGAGUUCCCAGGCCAAGUUUAUGUCCUUAUUCUACUGUGUUAUCACUCCCCUGCUCAACCCACUCAUCUACACCCUGAGAAACAAGGAUGUGAAGAUGGCGUGGAAGAGGAUCCUGCAAAUGAAUGGUAGCAUGAUGUCUUUGAAAGCCCAAUCUCUGCCUGUCUCCUGA